CAUUGAGCAACUUCUCUUUUGACGUGUUCUGUUGUUGUUGGAACAAUAACGUUAGCUAAAUUCUAGACUACUGUUUUAAGUAGAACAAAAUGCUUUCAUUAAAAAGAGACAAAAAGGAAGAAGAAGAUGGUGGAAGCAAUCCGUUCAAUAAUUUGGAGAAGAGUACUGUCCUACAAGAGGCUAGGACAUUUAAUGAGACACCAAUUAACCCAAGAAAAUGUGGACAUAUUCUCACCAAAGUUCUUUACAUCAUAAACCAGGGAGAGCCAAUUGGUCAGACAGAGGCAACAGAGGCUUUUUUUGCCAUGACUAAGCUUUUUCAGUCUAAAGAUCCUAUUCUUAGAAGAUUAGUGUAUCUUGGCAUUAAAGAAAUGUCAAAAAUUGCUCAGGAUGUCAUCAUUGUUACAAGCAGUUUGAUGAAAGACAUGACUGGUAAAGAAGAUCAGUUCAGAGGUCCUGCUAUACGAGCACUGUGUUCGGUGACAGAUCACUCUAUGCUUCAAAGUAUAGAACGGUACAUGAAGCAGGCUAUAGUAGACAAAGUCUCUGGGGUGUCCAGUGCAGCUCUUGUUUCAGCUUUGCACUUAGGAAAAGGUAGUCACGAAGUAAUCAAGCGCUGGGUUAAUGAAGCUCAGGAAGCUGUUAACAGUGACAACGUUAUGGUGCAGUUUCAUGCUCUUGGUUUGCUGUAUCAUAUUCGUAAAACUGAUAAACUAGCUGUGAAUAAGCUAGUGAGCAAAUUCAGUAAGCACACACUGAAGUCCCCAUAUGCUUAUUGUUUGUUGAUUCGUAUAGCAGCCAAACUUAUUGAAGAAGAAGAUGCUGGCUCUGACAGUCCUAUGUUUGAUUUCAUUGAGAGUUGCCUCCGCCAUAAAUCAGAAAUGGUUAUUUAUGAAGCUGCCCAUGCCAUUGUGCAGUUGAAGAACACCACAGCUAAAGAUCUUGCACCUGCUGUGUCAGUCCUGCAACUUUUCUGCAGUUCACCUAAACCUACAUUAAGAUUUGCUGCAGUCAGGACCUUAAACAAGGUGGCAAUCAAACACCCAGCUGCUGUCACUGCUUGCAAUCUUGACCUUGAGAAUUUAAUCACUGAUGUGAAUAGGAGCAUCGCCACAUUGGCCAUCACGACUCUCCUGAAAACAGGAAAUGAAAGCAGCGUUGAUCGCCUGAUGAAGCAGAUUUCAACUUUUAUGUCUGAGAUUUCAGAUGAGUUCAAGAUUGUUGUUGUCCAGGCCAUUCGCUCCCUGUGUUCCAAAUUCCCUCGCAAGCAUAACACACUGAUGACAUUCUUGGCCCAGAUGCUGAGAGAUGAGGGAGGAUUUGACUACAAGAAAGAAAUAGUUGACUGUAUAAUUGUUACCAUAGAAGAAAACGCUGAGGCUAAAGAAGCUGGUCUUGCUCACCUCUGUGAGUUUAUUGAAGACUGUGAACACACUGUCUUGGCUACCAAGAUCCUACAUCUAUUAGGGCGUGAAGGGCCCCGAACGCCAACCCCAUCUAAAUAUAUCAGGUUUAUUUACAAUAGAGUCAUCCUGGAAAAUGCUGCUGUCCGUGCUGCUGCAGUAAGUGCUAUAGCCAAGUUUGGAGCUCAUUGUGAUGACCUUUUGCACAGCUGUGUUGUUCUCUUAGAACGUUGCCAGUUAGACUCAGAUGAUGAAGUGAGAGACAGGGCCACAUUCUAUGUUAAUGUUCUUAAGCAGAAGCAGAAAGCUCUUAGCUCUGCUUAUAUACUCAAUGGCUUACAGGUGUCCGUUGUGGGACUGGAAAGAUCAUUGCACCAAUACACACUUGAGCCUACAGAGACGCCAUUUGACUUGAAGGCUGUUCCACUGGCAACUCAUCCUAUUGCAGAACAGAAAGUGCGUGAUUUACCAGGUGAGAUAGCAAGUGGGAAGCCAACACAAGACAAAGUUGCUGCUUCAAGACAAGAUGUAUAUCAGGAACAGUUGGCACAGGUACCAGAGCUGGCUAAUUUGGGUGCCCUUUUCAAAUCAUCAAAUCCAGUGGAAGUUACUGAGUCUGAGACAGAGUAUUAUAUUCAGUGCAUCAAACAUACAUUUAGUAAUUAUAUUGUAUUCCAGUUUGACUGUACUAACACACUGAACGACCAACUGUUGGAAAAAGUCUUUGUAGAAAUGGAGCCUGCAGAAGGGUUUGAGGUCUUAAAGUACAUUAAUUGUCCAAGCCUGCCAUACAACAAACCUGGAACAACCUAUACUUUAGUUAGAUUACCAACUGAGCCUACACAAGUAACUGGUACAUUUUCUUGUACCUUGAAAUUCUUGGUAAAAGAUUGUGACCCUCAAACAGGAGAGCCUGACGAGGAAGGUUAUGAUGAUGAAUAUGUGUUGGAAGAUGUUGAGCUUGCAGUAGCUGAUCAUGUACAGAAAGUUAUGAAACCCAACUUUGCUGCAUCAUGGGAAGAGAUUGGUCCAGAGAAUGAGCUUGAAGACACUUAUGCUCUAUCCACCAUGUCUACAAUAGAAGAGGCAAUCAAGAACAUUAUACAGUACAUUGGUUUACAACCCUGUGAGCGGUCAGAUAAGGUUCCAGAAGGAAAAAGUUCUCAUACCCUAUUUCUUGCUGGAGUUUUCAGGGGCGGUCAUGAUGCCCUUGUAAGAGCCAAGCUUGCUCUGGAUACUUCUGGAGUUACAAUGCAGCUUACAGUGAGAUCAACAGAUCCACAUGUCUCUGAAGUUUUGGCUACUGCUGUAGCAUAGUCGAGCUAGAGAUCUCUUUAUAUUAUUCUUCUUGUAUAGUUUUUAUUAUUAAAAUAGCAUUUACGACAUUGCAGUUAACUGAACAAACAAAAAUGUAUUAAGUAAGGAAUGUUUAAUAAACCCCUUUCUUAACUGUGUCAAGCUGCUAGUAAUCUGCAUACAUUUGUUUCAGUCAUUUUGUAUCCAACCAACGUUUUAAGUAAAAAAAAAUUGUAUUUGUUAUAUCUAGGUAGUUGGCAAAUUUUGAAUGUGAUAUUUCUUAUUUGGGCUAAGUGAUGUUUUAAAAAUGUGUUUGUGUCACUGGGAAUAUUUAUAUUAAAAAAAUCAAGAGUAAAA